AUGGAGAAAUCUUGGAAUUCUUACAUUAAUUCCUUAAAUCAGAACUCCUUACCCAGACAAGUUGAGGUGACCGAUGGAAACUAUUUUUCAGGGUCACUAGACAACCUGUCAUUCUCCAAAGGGGAUAUCAUAACGGUGGUUGACCUCGAGCCAAUCGGUGUCAGAGCAGAAGUGAAAGCUGGUGAGCAGGCGCUGGGCGUGGUCAACAUACCUCUUGGAUACAAAGGGUACUUCCAACUGAUUGCAGAUCCGGUUCCUUUUGAAACUGUGGCUGACUUAGUCCAUUCUGUCCGACUUCCCAAGAGUCCCAUGACCCACAGAGGUCCUCCUCACUUCCAGAACCUGGUCCCAGUCUCCACGGAUGACGAUCCGCCCAUGAAGCUCAGGAAAGGAGAAACGCUGUCCCUGAUUGGCCUUGAUGAGAGUCAGGGGAGGAGGCUGCUGCGAUGUGAGGUGCUGAGGGGGAAGUCGCCCCUGAGACUGCUCCUCCCUGUGGACUGCAGGGGCCUCUUCCAGGAAUGCCUGGAUGACCAGCUCUAUUCCAUCGACACCAUCCUGAGGUGGAAGCUGCUCACUGGGAGGAAACGAAGGGUGAGGGUAGAGGCAGGACAUCGCCUGAGUCGUCUUAGCCUCCUGGUUCCGGAGCACUUCAGUGGCCACCUGGUUUUGCAUCCCUGUUUCUCAGUGAUGGCACAUCUGCCAGGUGAGCACCAGAUCAGCAUCCCCUCUGAUCUGGACAUCCAUAUUACUGAGAUGACCAGCUUAGACUGCAAGCCCUUUGCAGUGACAACAAUGAGACAAAUAUACAGUAUGGAAAAAAGCAAGUUCCCAGUGAGAAUUAAAAUAAUGAGCGUGGUCCUGUCAGAGAACAGCGCACACCCAAAGCCACUGAAGUGUGGGCAGCUCUUAACCAUCCUCAGGACUGAGGAGGUGAAAAAAUUCAUUGCCACGGAGAUUUCCCGAGGAAAGAAAGGGAGGUAUUUUCUUAUCCCAUACAACUAUCGGGGCCUGGUGCUUAGGAGAGGCUGCUAUUUUUAUGCCGUUUCUGAUGUUGCUGCUGCCAUGCACCAUGGACAGCUCUGCUUCUGGUCCUCCAGGGACUAUACCUCCUUCCUGGAGCCUCUUGCGUCUUUCACAGCCAAUGAGUGCUUCCUGGCUCUGAAGAAGAGCGUGGUGUCUGUAGAGAUUCACAGGGAGCUACACAGGGUGGAAGUCCUCAAGUGCCUGAACAUUGCCACCAAAGCUCACGUCAAACUGCCUUUGUUCGCAGAAGGAGAGUUCAUAGAGCUGUUUGAUGAUGCUGGGCCAGGGACCCUGCAGGAGCUGUGCCAAGUCCCGAGACUGCCAUGCCACAUCAGGGUGGUUAGCCCAGAUCCUUCCAUGACUAGAGACCCUCUGUAUGGAACUGAGGAACUGCGGAUUGAAAAUAUCAUCGUUGAACAAUGCCUCAUAGCCAAGGAGGAGGCGUCACUGGAGGACAUGACGUCUGCAGAAGACAUCUACAGGGACUGGCCUGAAGCCACAUUUGAAAUCCCGAUUGAGAAGUCAAGCUGUGAGGUCCUGGUGGUAGAAGAGCGCUCGUGGGUCGCUGAUGUCAGGAAAGAGAGCCGCACAUCUCUUCAGAGCGUCCAGGAGACCACAGAGGAGUCUCUGGCCCUUAGUCACUGCUUAAUCAGUCCUCGUCCACCACCGCCUGUUCCAAAGCCCCGAAGUUUGCUACAAGUUGUGUCGGUGUGCUGUCGCUGUGACCAAAUGCCAGAGAUGAUCAAUUCAUGGGGCAAGAAGGAAAAGCACACAGAGCCACGGCCCUGCCAAGGUGCGUGGGCUACCGCCAAAGCGACAUUCACACCCGAAUCCCCCGUGGGCCAAAGCCCCGGACGCCUCCUGCCCCCGCACCCACAGCACCUUGAGGUCUGGACGGUGACCACAGGCUAUGCGCUUCGACCUUUGUUCCUGGGACGGGCUGCUAAUAAAAGCGCGUGGUUCCUGGGAACUGUGCGCGGUGACAGCAAACCUCGAGUGGAAACGCGCAAAGCAGAGAGGGCGGAGGGGACGGGGUGA